AUGUUUGCAAAACUAAAGAAGAAAGUUGCAGAAGAGUCUGCUGUUUCCCAGAGGCCAGGAGGCGCUACUAGGAUCCCCCGGUCGGUGAGCAAGGAAUCUGUUGCCUCAAUGGGAGCUGACUCAGGAGAUGACUUUGCUUCUGAUGGAAGCAGCUCCAGAGAAGAUCUUUCAUCUCAGCUUUUGAGAAGGAAUGAACAGAUACGGAAAUUAGAGGCAAGACUUUCUGACUAUGCUGAACAGGUCCGAAACUUGCAGAAGAUAAAAGAGAAGCUUGAAAUUGCAUUAGAAAAACACCAGGAUUCUUCUAUGCGGAAAUUGCAAGAGCAGAAUGAGACAUUCCAAGCCAACAGAGCCAAAAUGGCAGAAGAACAGGCUUUGGCAUUAGCCAGAAAAGAUCAGGAAUGGUCACAAAAAGUGGAGCAGCUUGAAAAGCUUUUAAAAAAAGAAGAAAGUCUGGGGAAAAUGGAGCAAGAGUUGGAGGCACGAACCAGAGAACUUAGUAGAACCCAGGAAGAGUUGAUGACCUCCAAUCAGCUAUCGUCAGACUUGAGACAGAAGCUAGAAGAAUUGCAGAGACACUGCUCAACGCUGGAAGAGCAGAGAGAUCUUGUGACAGCUUCAACAACAGGUGCAGAAAGUAAGAUCGCAGCCCUGGAGCAAAAGGAACAAGAGCUCCAAGCAUUCAUUCAGCAGCUUUCCAUUGAUUUGCAAAAGGUCACUGUUGAAACUCAGGAGAAAGAAAAACUUAUCACACAUUUGCAGGAGAAAGUCACGUCCUUAGAGAAGAGACUGGAGCAGAACUUAUCAGGAGAAGAACAUGUGCAGGAACUCCUGAAAGAGAAAACAGUUGCUGAGCAGAAUUUGGAGGAUACCAGACAGCAGCUCUUGGCAGCCAGAAGCAGCCAGGCCAAGGCCAUUGACAUCCUGGAGACGCGGGUGAAGGAACUAGAGCAGAGCCUGCAGGCCUCCGAGGAGAAGCUGAAACAGAGCAGAGACGCCGUGGCCGCUCAGGAAUCUCAGAUUCAGGAGCUUGCCACCGCCAACCAGGAGAGCAGCCGUGCACAGCGGCAGGUGCUGGCUCUGCAGCAGCAGUGCACGGAGCACGUCCACGCUCUGGAGGCCCAGCUUGCUGCCCUCGAGACGGCUCGGGCAGCUGACCAGAUGGCUGCAGAGCGGCAGGUGAGGGAUCUGGAACAAGAAAAUGCACUUCUAAAAGAAAGCAAGAAUGAGUGUGAACGUUCUUUACAACAUCACCAACUUGAACUAAAGAAGCUAAAGGAAGAAUGGAGCCAAAGAGAAAUUGUGAGUGUGGCAAUGGCUCAAGCCCUGGAGGAGGUGCGGAAGCAGAGGGAAGAGUUUCAGCAACAGGCUGCUGACCUGACAUCCCUAGUAGAAGAAAAGGAGCAGAGUCUGCAGGAAAGCACGGUUGCGAUUCUCCAGAAAGAGGAGGAGAUUCUCCAGCUGAAGAAAGGUCAUGACGCUGCCCUGCUGCAGGCACACCAGUUGCACAGUGAGCUGCAGGCCCUGAGAAACCUAAGGGCAGAGGAACCCGAAGCAGCCGCUGGGCGGGAGGACCUGCUGAGGCUGCCAGGCCAGGAGCAGGGGUUGGCACUCUCAGUCAGCGAGCUCCAGGUAACCUCAAGGUCGAGGGCUGUGCGGGAGCCUGCAUACCAGCUUCCGCCUGCAGAGGGGAUACCAAAUGGUGAGGUGGGGGCCAUGGACCUAGAGCAGCUACAGAAAGAAAAACAGGACUUGGAGCAGCAACUUCUAGAGAGGAAUAAGGCCAUAAAGCAGAUGCAGCAGAGGAUGCUGGAACUCAAAAAGACGCUGCAGAAGGAACUGAAAAUCAGACCCGAUAAUGAGCUUUUCGAAGUCCGGGAGAAGCCUGGCACUGAGAUGCCCAACAUGGCCCCUUCUGUCACAAAUAACGCUGACUUGCCUGAUGCCCGCGAGAUCAACUUCGAGUACCUUAAACACGUGGUUUUAAAAUUCAUGUCCUGUCGGGAAUCCGAGGCCUUUCAUCUCAUAAAAGCUGUAUCAGUGUUGCUGAACUUUUCACAAGAGGAAGAAAACAUGCUCAAAGAAACCCUGGAGUAUAAGAUGUCAUGGUUUGGGUCCAAGCCAGCUCCCAAAGGCAGCAUCCGGCCUUCCAUCUCCAGCCCUCGGAUACCAUGGUCCUAG